GAUAAGUCAUACGUAGACACCGCGUGGAUGGCAACAGCGCGCAUUCUUAGUGUUGAAACACGUGUGAGCCCCUGGUGUCAAGGCCCGAUGCCUGGCAACGAGAAUCCGCUCAAAUAACAUCUCGAUUGCAGUUAUGCGCUCUCGAUAAGGAUUUCCUCGGCGGUGGGCGCAGAGCGUCGUGUGCAGAACAACUUGUGGCAUGAGUAUGACAGAGCAAGCUUCACAAGAGCAGGAAGCUCUGCUGGAGGAUGCCAUUGCGCUACUGGACUCCUUGCUGGUGGAAAUCGGGGCCACCGGCGGCGAGGGUGAGCCCGAGCAGCAACACCACCGGAGCAAUGCCACGGCGGCGCAUGGCGACCCGCAGGGCGACACUGCGCUGGCACUGCCGCCCGCGGCAGCCAGUGCCGGCGUCGCCGGCGACCGCCAGUUCGUGAAUGCAGCUCCUGCAGCGUGCUCAGCGGUCCGGGCUGGCAGCGGCUACCUGCUGCAUCAGCCAUACGGGGGCGCCGCACUGUCGUCGUCGCCGUCGGCGGCCCCCGCCCACGUCGGCCUGUCCGCCCUCUCCAGUCCCGCCCACUGCUCGCAGCCACAAGCCCACAACCCACAUCAGCCGCAUCAGCUGAAGGUCUUGUCGCAGCUGCAGCAGGGGGAUGGCCACUCCACGGCCGCAGCGUUGCAGCAGGGGGUGUCACAGCAGCCCCACACGCCGCCCCACCUCGCGGCACCCACGCGGCGCGAGCCCCUCAGCCACGCCCUCACGGAGCCUGCUCCGGGCGCGGCCCCUGACCACCACCACCACCACAAUGAGCAGCACCACAACUUGAACCACAGCAACAGCUCGGCAGCGGCGCUGACAAGCGGCACUGGUACUGGUGGUGGUGGAGCCGGUGUUCCGGCCGGCGGGGGAGCAGCUGUUCCCAGUUCGGCUGCGCCUGCAACCGCCGCUCCUUUUGCACCUACAAGCAUCACAGCUUCCACCAUCGCCAACCGUGGCCCAGUACCCAGCACCGACGCACGCGCCGGCGGCGGCGCACAGAGCAGCACCACAGCCAAGGCGGCGGCACGGCGGAGCGCGGGGGCCGGCUCCCCACCGCCGCCGCCCGCCGCCUCGGCAGCGGUCGCUCGGCGCAGCUCGGGGGCGGCGGCGUACGGCGUGAGUGCGGAAGCUGAUGAGAAGCUGGCGAGGGCGAUGGAGCGAGCGGCUCAGAUGCCUGACCCGGCCAAGGGGAGCCGCCUGCUGGAUGUGGCCGACGGCGGCGGCGGCGGCAGCGGCCGGCGGGUCAGCGCGCUGCUCAUGAACGGCGGCGGCGGCGGCCGCGGGCUGACGGAUGGCGGCGGUGGCGGUGGCGGCGGUGCGGCGGCGUUCAACACGGCGCUGCUGAACGACCUGGUGGAUGAGUCGCUGGCCAACAGGCCGGGCGAGGGCGCGGGCGAGAGCGGGGACAGCUCGCCCGCGCGCAGCGCCCCCAGCGGCGUCCUGCGCGGCCAGGGUCCGGGGGCCCUGCGGCGCGGAGACACACGUGCGGGCAGCCUGCUGGGCAGCGGCGGCAGUGGAGGCGGAGGCGGCCUGCUGGCGCCAGGCGGCGCGGGCGGCCUUGUGGGCGCCGGCGGGCUGGGCACAGAGCAGGGGCUCAAGCUGUGGGCCGGCAACAAGUCGCGGGUGGAGAAGGCGCGGCUGGCGGUGCGGCUGCUGGCCGCCACGGGGCUCAGCCGCAGCGGCGCGGGAGGCGGCGGCGGUGGCGGCGGCGGCGGCCACCACACGACGGCGCGGGACGCGGCCAUUGACCCCUUCGCGGUGGUCAGCUGUGAGGAAGUGACGCACACCAGCAAGGCGCUCGUGCGGACGCAGGAUCCGUUCUGGGACGAGUUCUUUGUGUUUGACGUGGCGCAGCCGGCCUUUGCCGUGCUCAAGAUCAAGGUGUACGACCACAGGCACUGCUGGAGGCCAGCUUUCGUAGGCCAGGUGCGCAUCCCCGUCCACUCCAUCGCCGAGUUCCCCGCCCGGUUCGCGCCGCCGUCCUGGCACACGCUGCGCUCGCGCGCCGGCCGCGGCAUCCGCGGUCAGGUGCAGAUGCAGCUGUUCUACACCGCGGAGUGGGUGCACCGGCCGCUGCGUGUGUUCGCGGGCACCUGGAACGUGGGCAACGCACAGCCGGCCGCGGACCUGUCGCCCUGGCUGCAGGGCGUGUCCAGCCUGCAGCACGACCUGGUCGCCAUAGGCGUGCAGGAGUGCGCCUACAAGCUGGGCGGCGGCGCGGGGGCAGGCGGCGGGCAGGCGGCGGAGGAGGGCGAGGAGGAGGACGACGAUGACGGUGUCAUCCUGACACUGGCGGAGCGCGAGGGCGGCGGCAUCAUGUCGGACGAGAUGCGCGAGGAGGAGCUGCUGCUGGCGAGGCAGCUGGGCAUACCGGCGGGGGCGGCGGCGGCGGCGGCGGCGGCGGCGGCCGGGACCGCCGUCGGCAGCGGCGGCCCGCCAGGCGAGUGGUCUGGUCCAGAAGACAGCGACACCCAGUCGGCGGCGGCGGCGGCGGGGCCGUCAUGGCGGGGUGGCAGCGGCCCGCAGGUCGGUGCCGAGCCCAGCGCCGGCAGCAUCAGCCGCCGCGGGCCCGCGCCACGCGUGCCCCCCGUGGCCGGCGCCGCCGCAACCCCCUCCGGCCCGCAGGUCCGGCUGCGCGCCGGCCGCGGCGGCAUGUACUUGGGUGUGACUGUGCCGGCGGGUGUCGGGGAGGAGGAAGGCGGCCGUGGCGGUGACGAGGGCACGCCGCUCAGUCCGUUGAGCCCGCUGAGCCCUCUCAGCCCCGGCUCAGGCGAGGUGUCGCGUGAGGCAUCAGUCACCGCCACCUCGCCGGCCGCAGCAGGGGGUGCAUUCGGCCGACAGGCGGCGGCGGCGCGGGCCCUGUUGGGAGCGGCGGGUGCCGGCGGCGGUGGCGGCGGCGGCGGCCGGUCGCAUGCGCACAGCAGUGCGAUGAUGCCGGCGUCCGCCGCGGCGGCAAUCCUGGGCAGACCCGGCCAUGACACGCCAGCCGGCGUGGGGCUCCUGCACUCACCCCUGCGCGGCCGGCACCCGCCCCCACCUGACACCGCCGGCCGCAUGCGCCGCAGCAGCAACCUGGACUGCUCCGCCUACGCCGCCGCCUCAGCUGCCACCACACCCCGCAGCCCUGCGCCCUCGUGGGCCCCUGCCUGGGCCGCGGACGCGUCGUUUACAACGGUUGGCGGCGGCGGAGCCGCCACCGCCGCUGCCGCCGCGGCGGCGGUGGCGCAGGCAUCCUGGACUGCGGGCAGCACCGGCGGCGGCGGCGGCGCAUAUGGGCCGCAGGUGUCUGGCGUCAGCAUGUCGGUCCACAACGCCUAUGCCACCUUUGGAAGUGUGGCAGGAGCAGCAGCAGCAGGAGGAGGAGGAGGCGGCGGGGCAGGAGGCGGCGGCGGCGGGCAGGCGGUCAAGUCACGGGGCGGGGGCGUGUUGAGCGACGUGACUGCCAAGGUCGGGGUGGUAGGCGGCGGCGAGUUCAGGGAGGUGUGGGAGGAGCGAAUCAAGGAGGCGGUGGGCCCAGGCUACUUCAAGGUGGCGGGCGUGCACAUGGGGCAGAUCCGGCUGCUGCUGUUCGCGCGCAAUGACAUCUACGCCGCAGUUAGCGACGUGCGCACCGGCAAGCAAGCCACAGGCGUGGCGGGCGUGGCCACCAACAAGGGCGGCGUGGGCGUGUCGCUGCGUGUGUGGGACACCACCCUGGCCUUCAUCAACAGCCACCUGGCGGCACACCAGGACAAGACGCGCGCCCGCAACGCGCACUACCGCGACAUCGUGCGCGGCCUCAAGCCGCUGGCCUCGGACCCGGGCGGCGUCAUGGACGCACUCACGGCGCCGCACCACGUGGUCUGGAUGGGCGACCUCAACUACAGGCUGGACUGGGGCGCGCAGGCGCACACGCCCACUGAGAGCCCUGCGCCGGGCGACUUUGCGGACCUGGUGCGGGAGGUGCGGCGCGGCGGCUUUGGGCGGCUAGUGGAGGCGGACCAGCUGCGCAAGGAGGUGGGCGCCAAACGCGCCUUCCUGGGCUUCACCGAGGGACCCAUAGCCUUCGAGCCCUCCUUCAAGGUGCGGCGGCGGCGCGGUCACGACUACAACCCGCAGCGCUCGCCCGCCUACUGCGACCGCGUGCUGUACAGGUCCAACCUGCCGCUGAAGCAGAUCCGCUGCGUGUCCUACUUCUCGCCCGCCGACGUGGCCAGCUCCGACCACAAGCCCGUGGCCGCCGAGCUGCUGGUGCCCACCGUGUGGCGGACCACCGUGGACGACAGCAGCGACCCCGCACACCACAGCCACCACCACCACCACCACCACCAGCACAACACGGCCCAGACGCAGGAGGAGGCCUGGAACCCGCACGGCCCAGGCGGAGGCGGGCAAGGCCAGGGGCAGGGGCAGGGGCAGGGGCAGGGGGUGGGGGUGGGGGUGGGUGGCCAUCUGGCGGGGCUGCUGCCGGGGCUGCACCACUUUGGAGGGGGAGGAGGGGUCGGCACUGCGGCGGCAGCGGCAGAUGCAGACGGUGAUGGCGGCGGCGGCGUCCGGCUGCGACUGGUGUUCCGGCAUCUGCGCGCGCGCGGCCUGUUCAUGCUGCGAAGCCGGCGGCGCUCGGCCGGGGCGGCGGGGACGCCGCCGUCGGCCGACGAGUUCCCAAACCCACAGCUGCUGCUUACGGCGCCCUGCAUCUACGCCGGCGCCACGGUGCGGUCACGGGUGGCGUUGCGCACACGAGCCCCCAUCUUUGCCGACGACCCGGCGGCGGCGCACGAGUGCGGCGACGGCGAUGGCGGCGGCGGCGCCGCCGAUCCUGUUGAGCGCUCCAGACGAGGGGCCGGUGGUGGGCAGCUGCAGCUGCAGCUGCAGCCGCAGUUUAGCAUAAAGGCCUCGGCCACAUCCCGGUCCCUCUCCUCGGCUCUGACAGGGCUGGGAGGUGGGGCCGGCGGUGCGGGUGCAGGGGGCGGCGAGGGCGUCGCCGCUGCGGCGGCGAUGCAUGACGGCGGCGGCGGGCGGGGCGUGGGGCCGCUGGUGGUGGAUCUUAAGAGCGCCGCCGUCACGGAGAUGGCGCAUUUCCGACUGUGGGUCCGUGUGGUGGACCAGCGGGGCACGGCUGCAGCAGCGGCAGCUGCGGCGGUGGCAGCAGGCGGGAGCGGGGCAGGCGGGAGCGCAGGAGCCAGCGGUGGCGCUGGUGGUGGUGGCGGCGGCGGCGGCUUCGCUAGUCGGGUGAAGAAGAAGUUCCGGGGCGGUGGCGGCAAGGGCAAGACACAGUCGGGCGGCGCCGCCACGGGGCCGGGCGGUGGCGGCGGUGGAGGCGCGGCGGGGAGCGCCAGUGUGCUUGCGCGUGGCGUGCUGCCGCUGGCGGAUGCAGUGACAUCGCUGCUGCAGGACGCGGCCGCCUGGGCUCCCUUCCAGGUGCAGCUGGAGCUGCACGGCCUGCCCGCCGGCACCCUGGAGGGCCACAUGCGCAUCGAGGUGGUGGACCGCGGCAGGGCUCCGGACAAGCAGGCGGCCGACAGGGCUCCACACGGAGCCGGCGACAACAGCAGCGCGGCAGCGGCGGUCGCAGGGGCGGCGGGUGGCAAGGCACUGAGGCGCAGCGCGAUGGGGAUCGCGGGCACAGACGCGGGCGGCGGGGCUGCUCCUGUGGCGGCAACAGGGGCUCCAGAGCACGGUGACUCCGCGGCGGCGGCAGGAGCCGCGGCAGCGCCAGCUCCACCGCAGCCGCACCAGCAGGCGGCAGCUGCCACCGGCGGGUUGCGGGGCCCGGCGGGGCCGUCUCGUCUGGGCCCGGCGCCCUCAGGGCAGCCGCUCCAGCAGCGGGGUGCUGGCGCCUCAGCCAGGACACCACCGGGGCGAGACAGCCAUGGCAACAGCAACGCCGUCAGCGCGGGCCUGUUUGCACGACUGCGGGCCAGCUUGCGGCUGUUGCAGGGAUGAAGUGGCUGCUGCUGGAGCUGCUGUCAACGCACAGCAGCCCGCUGGCUCGGGAUGUUGCGACGGAUGCUGCACCCUAAGUACCAUGUGUACCGCUGCGGAAGGCGGACCUUCCUGUGCACGGAGGAAAGCCGACGGUGCUUACUCCAAACCUUCAGCUUGCGACUUUCACAUUGUACACUUGUCAUGCAACUUGUAUUCCUCGCAUAUGGUAGUACACCCGACCGUUUGCGUUUGGAACCUUGUGACCUUUGCGUGCACCAGCAUGCUGCACAAUGAGCAGUUGAAGAUCUAUCUUGUAUAUUCAGAAGCUUUCGGAUGUGCUAAUCCGCUGCAGCCCUUAGUCAUUCAUGUGACCGUUUGCUGCUAAUACCGUGCAUACACCGUCAACACCUUGUGGCCGUCCUACUUCAGACACCUAAACAUUGAUUGAAUUGAUAAAAGGUAUGGCUGUGCGUGAGGUGCUAGUUGCCAAGUGGGCAUGUACUCCUGCACGCAAUGGAGAAGGUAGCUUAGUUGGUUGUUGAGCCGGCGCUGGCACACACAGGCCUGCCUGCGCCUGGCGGCCUCUUUGCUUUGCGCCUGUUGUGUGGCGCCGCAUGUCAGGGCUUGCAUCUUUCGGGAGCGGCAAGAAUUCCCCCCAGGUAGGCUCUUGGGCAAAGAAAGAUCGGGCAUUUCCCAGGGUGCGUGCACUCUCUCCGCGUGGGGCUGCAUAUUAUGACAUUGUUCCAUAACAUGAUGCUUGCGGGGCACGCCCCAUAGACAGACCGCGGGGCGGCCCACGGCCCGCUAGCUAGUGCCCGCUCGCCUGCUGGACACGGCUGCUGUUGUCAGCGGAGAGGAGGCGGGUCAGCGAAACUAUUGGUCACAUGUGCAGGGGGGUCGUUUUGACUGGGAAAGGCCCCAUAUUCACAGAAGAAAGAGCUUGACGAGAGGACUCCAAAUCCACUUUCAGAGUUUCAAUCAGGGUAGUAUUUGCAAAGUUAUGGAAUGCGGAUUUUACAGAGGGGGACAGUCCCAGCACCCGAAGACGCCGAGCCAUCACAUGCUAUAUCAGGGCCCAACUUGACUCCACCAACCCCGACUUUGCUGCAAACCCUCCCGCGGACAAAGUCUGUGUGACUCCGCGCACAGUGAGUCCUAGCCAA